AUGCUGCAGGGGACAAAGGAGAACGUACAGCUCGUAUCCGACCGAACGACCAGGAAGCGCACGAUCAUGGACUUCAACAACCUCAAGAAGAAGAAGGUCCCCAUCACCAUGUUGACGGCGCACGACUACCCGUCUGCUCGGUUUAUCGAAUCUAUCGCUCCUCCCGCACCCGCUCCCGGUUCCUCCCCAGCCUCAGCAGGCUCUUCCACCUCUCCUGCACCCCGCGGCAUCGACAUCGCCCUCGUAGGCGACUCGCUCGCCAUGGUCGCAUGCGGCUACCCUUCGACCAACUACCUCACCCUCGACGAGAUGCUCUACCACUGCCGCUCCGUCGCGCGCGGGUGCACGACCUCUUUCCUCGUCGCCGACUUGCCUUUUGGCUCCUUUUCCGCCUCGGUCGAGGAUGGCGUUCGCGCGGCCGUCCGCCUCAUCCAGGAGGGCCACAUGGAUGCGGUCAAGAUCGAAGGCGGGCCCGAGAUUGUCCCUCUCGUCCGCCGCCUCACAGAGGUCGGUAUACCGGUCAUGGCGCAUGUCGGGCUCACGCCGCAGCGCCAGGCUGCGCUGAGCGGCUACCGCGUCCAGGGCAAGACGGUCAGCAGCGCCGUCAAAGUCUGGGAGGACGCUCGGGCGGUCCAGGACGCUGGAGCGUUUGCGGUCGUCCUCGAGGCUGUGCCGUCGAAGCUCGCGGCGUGGGUAACAGAGCGCCUGCGGAUCCCGACAAUCGGCAUCGGCGCAGGAGCGGGCUGCGACGGCCAGGUGCUUGUCCAAUCCGACAUGCUCGGCGUCGACUCGGACCUGGGCGCAGGCGGCAAGGGUCCGCGGUUCCUCAAGAAGUAUGCGGAUGUCGGCGAGAGGGCGAGGGAGGCGGUCCGGUCGUAUGUAGACGAGGUCAGGCGGAGAGUGUUCCCGACCGAGGGAGAGCACACGUACCCUAUCGAGGACAAGGCGUGGGAGGGAUUCCUGGAGGCGGUCGAGGACACGGAGCGACAGGAGUAG